AUGCUUGAACAUUUAAUUUAUGUUAACACAUGGUUUCCUAAAUACGAAGUUGAUCUUGCUGAACAAACACAUUAUGCCGUUUUUAGCCAAAAAGGAAACGUAGCAACCUCAUGUGGUCAACACGUUAAACAAGAAAAAGUUGAAGUAGCAAAAACAACACAACAGGCAAGUUUAAGUGAACAAAUUCGUGAUGUUAGAAAAAUUAUUACUAAUACUGCUGCUCCGGUAGCAAUUUCGCCUACGACUAUGGAUAUGAAUCCCGAUGAACGUUUGGUUAAAAUCGAAAAAACACAUCAAAAUAUUUUACAAAUGCUUGAUGAUCUUAAACGACGUGUGGAACAACUUGAAACGAACAAACAAAUCAUUAGUGCGAAGCCAGCUGAACCAAAAAAACCAGCUGCUGAUGACGAUGAUGUUGAUUUAUUUGGUUCGGAUGAUGAAGAAGAAAGUGAAGAAACAAAAAAACGUUUAGCUGCAUAUGCCGCAAAGAAAUCGACAAAAGUUCAAAUCAUUGCCAAGAGUUCAAUUUUAUUAGAUAUUAAACCUUGGGAUGAUGAAACUGAUCUUACUGCAAUGGAAAAAUCGGUACGAUCAAUUGAAACUGAUGGUCUUAUCUGGGGACAAGCUAAAUUUGUACCAGUUGCUUUUGGUGUUAAAAAAUUACAAAUUAAUUGUGUUGUUGAAGAUGAUAAAGUUGGAACUGAUUUUCUUGAAGAAAAAAUUUGUGAAUUCGAAGAUUACGUUCAAUCAGUUGAUAUUGUUUCGUUUAACAAGAUCUAA